AUGUGUCUCGGCAGAGGGGACAAGGGCAAAGGCAAAGCCGCGCCGCCGCCGGGCCCGUCUCACCAAUGGCACCAACAAGGAGGUGACGUCAAAGACGGACAGGCAUGGAAGCCACCAGCUGGGCCACCACCGGGGGGUCACCACCAGCAAGUCGACUAUGCCGCUCCUCGGCCCCCACCUGCAGGACCGGCUCCCGCCUACGACUGGGCUGGGCCUCCGCGGGAUCCUCCGCCGCCCAUUGCCCACGACAGGUCGCACACGACAAACGCCACCGAAGCCGAGGCAGAGGCCGGCGAGAACUGGUGUCGGCAGUACCCGCUCACCACGCCGCUGGUCCUUGACGAGGCGGGCCGGUCUGCGCUGCGGUCCCGCAACAUUCGGCUCAUAGAGCCCUUUGGCUUCAACGGCCGCUUGAACUGGCUCGCCAAGGGCCACUGGGAGGUCAAGACGAACAAUGGGAGCUCUGACAGCUGCAUCAUCGGCUACCCGCCCCUCUACGUCGUGUGCGAGAGAGAGGCCGCUACGCCGACGACGGUCUAUUACGAGGUCAAGCUGCGGGCCGACAGCCGGCACAACUCGGUGGCCCUGGGCUUCACCGCGCUGCCCUACCCGUCCUUUCGCAUGCCGGGCUGGCACCGAGGCAGCCUGGCCGUGCACGGCGAUGACGGACACCGCUUCGUCAACGAUCGCUGGGGCGGCAACGACUUUACGACCGAAUUCCGGCGCGGCGACACGUAUGGCAUUGGCAUGACGCUGACGCCGACGACGUAUGGCAAAAGAGACGUCGACGUAUUCCUAACGCACAACGGCGUUCGCGUCGGCGGGUGGGAUCUGCACGAGGAGACGGAUGCAGAGGGCGACUUGCCGGUGGCGGGCCUCGAGGGGUUCCAUGAUUUGAGCUGUGCCAUUGGGACUUUUGAUGGAGUCAGCGUCGAGGUCAUCUUGGACCCGGAGAAGUGGAUGUAUCGGCAGGUGGCGAAUGGGAAGAAUUGA